AUGUUUUCUACCUUCAUAUCAAUACUUAUACCCGUACAGGUGUCUGGAAUUGAUGUCAAGGAGGAGACACCUGUUGACCAUGGAGAGAUUAUAUGUUUCAGUAUAUAUUCUGGAAAACAAGCAGAUUAUGGGAACGGAAGGUCCUGUAUCUGGGUGGAUGUACUUGAUGGUGAGAAGAAUAUUUUGCUGGAGUUUAUUCCAUUUUUCGAGAACCCAGCGAUUAAAAAGGUGAUAAUUUAUUAAGCUUCACGCUCUUUAGCCGAAAGCUUUGUGUGCUCAUCGUGUUUUUGGGCAAUGGAGUUUUGGUUUUUUAUUUUAUUUGCAUGGUUACGAGGACUGGUGUUUUAAAUAAAUUUGAAAGGCAGCAUUUUUGGGAAUGUCAGAAAUAUACAAGGGGAUAAUUAUAGGAAAACUGAGGCUUUAAAGUAGUACGGGGACAUGCACAUUUUGUAGACAGUUACAGUGGUACUCAAAGGGGAACUUUGGGAAAAUUGAAGAGUGAAAACGGUUGCAGGAACUGCCAAACUUUUAGUAACCGCUGAUAUGAGUAAAGCAUUUAUUUGCAAAUGCCAAACAUCAUAGAUGUAAAACUCGGAGAAACUUUUAGUUCCCUGGGGAUUGCAGAAACACUACUUGAUAGGCCCUUAAAAAUAUCCUCUUUUAUACACAUGAUUAAACACGCCCUUUAAUAAAUCAUCCUUCUUUUCUUUUAUCUGAAUGACAUCGUACAAAUUCAAAUAAGAAGAGUCUAAGUUAGUCUGAAGAAGAAAUAUGCUUUCAAUGUCAUUGGUUGUAUUUUUUCCCCUAGUGUGGGCCUUUUUCCAGAUGAAUCAUACCUUUGUUCGGCUUUUGUUGUUGCUACCGACAUAAUACACUAUUAUACAUGUUUUUCCUCUUUAUAUUUUGCCACUUUUGCCAGUGGGACUAUUAAAUGGAUCAGAGCUAUUUUCCGAAUUAAAUGUUAGGGACAUUGUUCGUCGAUGUGCAGUGACGUACGUGUGUUGUGGAAUUUGAGUGAAAACUGACGUGAGUUAGUGCUGGGUGAGGUUGACUUAUUCCUUUCAUGAAUUUGCAAUAUUUUAUGCUGUGAAGUUAUCUUAUUCUAUGUGUCAUUGUUGCGACCUUUCCUUUUUAUCAGACACAGUUUGUGAAGAUGACACUUGGCCUGCCUCACAUACAAUUUCAUAUAUUUUUUUGCAUGUUCCCUCUUAUGGGAAUAAUUUUCUCCUUUUUUUAUGUUACAUAUAUUAUGAUUUAUAUAGUUCUUUGAUUUUUUAUUCUUCAACUUUUUGUUGAUGCACAUGAAAUUGUUAGAGAAAUGAUGUAUGCUUCAUCUACAGGUUUGGCAUAACUACAGCUUUGAUAGUCACGUUAUUCGGAACUAUGGUAUAAAUAUUUCUGGAUUUCAUGCUGAUACAAUGCACCUUGCACGACUGUGGGAUUCUUCGAGGAGAACUGAUGGUGGCUAUUCGCUUGAGGCACUUACAAGUAAUGGGAAUGUCAUGAAAAGACAAAAACAGUCUGCCAAUGGUGAAGAUGAUUUGACCACAGGAAAGAUUUCAAUGAAAUCCCUCUUUGGCAAGAAAAAGGUAAAGAAAGACGGAUCUGAAGGCAAACUUAUCUCUAUUGCUUCUGUAGAGACACUCCAGAGGGAAGAAAGAGAACCCUGGAUUUGUUACUCUGCAUUAGAUUCAAUGAGCACUCUGAAACUUUUCGAAAGCUUAAAAGAAAAACUGAUGGCUAGGGACUGGAUUAUCGAUGGUUCCAAGAAAGGUUCCAUGUAUGACUUUUAUAAUGAAUAUUGGCGUCCUUUUGGUGAUCUGCUGAUUAAAAUGGAAGCUGAGGGGAUGCUUGUUGAUCGAGCUUAUCUCGCAGAGGUUGAAAAAGUGGCUGUUGCUGAACAGCAAGUAGCUGCUGAGAGAUUCCGCAAGUGGGCAUCUUCCUACUGCGCUGAUGCUAAAUAUAUGAAUGUAGGAAGUGAUGCUCAGAUACGACAGCUAUUUUUUGGAGGUUUUCAAAACAAGUUCGUGUUUCAUCCCUUCUCAGUACGGUUUUAUAUUUUUCAUUGUUGGUUCACGUUUUGGAGCAGUUGUAUAAUGUCCAUUUUUGUUGUAUUCGACUAUCUGCUUGAAUAUUUUUCUGUCUGAUUCGUCACUGUAGAAAGGAAAUGUUCUUGAUGCAGGUUUUCUUAUGGUCGUAAGAUGUUCCCAAAGUUCUGUGCUUUUACAAAGAGCGCGGUUUAUUUUGUAACUGAACGCCUUAUACCCAAAACAUGUUGCCUUUGGUGUUUAAUGCCUGCGAAUUUCUCUUCGGUUUUCACGUUUAUCAUUGUAAGCUUCACUGAUGACCUUUGAGGGGGCAUAGUUUCUAUAAUUUGUGAUGAAUGUUGGACCAAUAAUCUUACCGUGAAAUGAUUGUCUUUUGGUGUUUGAUGCCUGGGAAUUUCUCUUGGGUUUUCGCGUUUAUCAUUGUAAGGUUCACGAUGGCCUUUGAGAGGGCAUAAUUUCUAUAAUUUGUGAUGAAUGUUGGACCAAUAAUCUUAGCGUGAAAUGAUUGAUGUUGAUUUUUACCAUAUUAGCAGAAAGCUGAUAUACGACAAUUAGAGUUCUUUUUAUUUGCCAAAGGAGGGAAAAGUGACGGCGUCUAAUCUAUCUCAUUGCUUUUGUUUGCCAUCUUCUUGGCUAAUAGGUUCUUUGCCAACAUAAUAAUUCAAGGCUAAUAUGUAUUUGUUGCAAAACAUAGGCAAAGGUAGAAUGCCCUCUAUCCUGAAGAACAGAGGGGAGAAUGGCAGACAACCGGCUCAAUCCUUCAUUUACCUUUAACGUCCCUUAAAUAGGGACGAACCCUACAUGCACUUUCUCAUAAUACGCCUAGUCCUUUACUAUUACCUUAGGCCUAACAGUAUUCAUACCACUUGAACUGAUUCUUAACCGCCAGUAGAUUAGGGUGAGUAGGCUGCUGAGGUUCUUAUGAAAUGCUCAGUACACAUUUUUCUUGGGACUCAAUUGUUGAUUGUCAAGGCACAAUUAAUACAAAUGAGGAUAUUGGUUGCCUACUGCAUUAUUGCUUAGGUGGCUAAGCAUGUUGUAUAGCCAAAACUUAGUUUCAUGCUUCAAAAAUCAUAUGAACGUCAUAGCUUACAAGUGCUUUGUACAAACAGAUUUCAGUUCAAUGAUAUUCGAUAACAGUUCACACGGAAGUUCAAUGACUUUAUAUUUAUCGUUGAUAAGUCACUUCUCAUGCGGAUGCAAUGUGAGAGAACAUUUUUCAUGUAUGUAUGAAAGUGGUGUGUGACUCCUGCAACUUAAUUCUGUUUCCUGUCUGGUUAGUUGAUAAGCUUUUUGAUUUCAUAAUCAUAGUACGCCACAUUAGUGUGUUCAGAUUAAAGAUAAUUUGAAAUGUACUGUCAUUGAUACUUUUGGUUUUGUGUGAGAUUUCGUAGUGGUUUAGAGCAUACUUUAGGCAUGGUAAAUUUAAUAAUACUACAUUAGUGUUUUCCUUGAUUAAAUAACACUGGAAGGAUCAUGUGCUAUGAAAUGCCUUGAUCACUUUCUAUCUUGGUGCUAAUCUAGACCCCUUCGUCAGGUAGUUGUCAUCUGUUUAGUUUUAACAUGAAUUUUUUCACCUUAGCUCAUGAGCAACUGGAGAUCUAGAAACUGGAAACUGUACUUGAGUUGUUUGUGAUAGGAAUGUAUUCAGCUAAGUCAUUUGUUUGACUGAACCCCGCGUCUGCUGGUCCGCCACUUAGUUAAGAUCAGCCUGAGCUAGCACAAAGAAGGAAAAACAAGGAAACAUACCCCCAAAUGCUGUUAUCAAAAAUUUGAACUGAGGACUUAAUCCACUUUAAAAUUCUAGAUCAGUAGCUUGUUAUCUAUGGAUUCUUUUGUUGGCUCAUCUGGAAAUCACUGUCCAUGGAAUCCCCCCAAAUCUGUGUUUUCCUGUGAUUUGGUAAAUCUCGUGUUGGUUUCUUAAUAACACUUUCUGCCAUUGUCUCCAUAUGCUAUGUAGAAAGGUUUGAUUUUUCUUUCUCAACUAUGUAAUCCCAUAGAUGUCAUACCCUACUGCUUACCGGAUGUGUUUUCUUGAAACUUUCGUAAGUGUUAUACUGCUUUAUAUAUUGACGUUAAUUUGAACCCGAGUAAUAGGUUUACGCCAUCCUUUUCUUGUCUUUAUGUUUUACAGAAAGGAACCAACGGAAUCUUUGCCCAUCUCAAAGACCUUUAAGGUGCCUAAUACUGAUAAGAUCAUUGAGGAGGGAAAGAAAUCCCCAUUAAAGAACCGUGAAAUUACUCUUUCGAGGAUUUGCGAGAUGAAAGGAGUAGAAAUGUAUACUCUCAGUGGGUGGCCAUCUGUUAGCGGUGAUGCGCUGAAGGCCUUGGCUGGAAAAGUGUCUUUCAAUGACUUCCAGAUACCUGAUUGCAGUAAUAUGUCUCCAUCAAACAAAAGUGGAGCAACAAAUGAUGGUUGUACUACGAGUGGUAAAGGCAGGGAUGCAUCUGCUUAUGGAUUAGCCUAUUCUGCGUUUAAAGGUGGCAGAAAAGGCGCUGAAGCUUGUCACGCAAUUGCAGCACUUUGUGAAGUGUGUUCCAUUGACUCUUUGAUAUCCAAUUUCAUUCUCCCUCUGCAGGUACGAUAAAAUGCGCGUUCCUGAUUUUAUUGUUCAUAUCUGCUGGUGAAGUGCCUGAUUUCUUGUGCUACAUGUAAUUACUCUUUGCAAUGGAAUUCCUCUGCUGACUACUGCUAGCCGGACAUAGUUACUGGGUUCCAUUAGUUCGCUCAAACUUUUCCUAGCAAGAUAGUUUCUGAGAAGAGGUCAAUAAUUUGAUGAUGUUAUGGGCUAAUUCCCAGUUCAGUAGCAUAGGCAUUUAGCUUGUGUUGUAUGCACAGUUCAAUGCGUAUAUUGCUGAUUUUUGUUUAGGAAUUUAGUGAUGUGCUUAAAGUUGUUUUUGAUAAUUAAGGUGACGAGGGCUAAAUUGUUACACCAUUGAGUAUCCCUUUGUUAUGUUGGUGUCAAAGAGUUCUAGCGAUUCUAUCUAAGUUCGGCGUGUUCUUAUGACAUGUUUUCUAGUUCUAGAGUACCUGCCUUGCAAUCCACUUUUUUUAGAUUCCUUUCAUAAACUUUUUUGCUUUCUCAGCGUUCCUCUAGUUGUGCUCCGGAAAUAAGAUCCUGGUGGAUUUCAUGUAUUGUCCUGUUCCUCGAUAGUCUGGGAGCUUUGUGGCAGCUGAACUCCACAUUUGCUUUCAUGAUGGGGUAGCAUAGAUCAUGCAUAUAGACCGCGAUAAGACAUGAAAUCAAGGUUGUUUGAAUUAGGAUGAGAUUCCAUGUCAGCCAUUGUCAAUUGUUAAGUGGAAUGUUAGUUGAAGCGGAAGGAUGCAAAGAAAGGAGAAAUGCAGUGUGACAAGUGGAGCAGAGGAUAACUCCCCACCCUGUAAUUAGUUUCUUUCUUCUUCUAGUUUGAAAAACUGUCCCGAGGAUGGGACUCAAUUAGACCAUCUUGAAGAAGAUACAUUCAUGUAUAUGCUUGCUGGUAAAAUUUGGUUCGUUUUCAACGUGUAAAUUUGGUGCCUUCUCCUACAUCAUAUGUUAUCGAAACUCAAUGUCCCAUCUACAGUUUUGUGAAAAAACUUUUCGCAUGCUUCAGGGCGAUUGGAAAUUUCUGAUUGCAUCGUUUUCUGUUGCCCAGGGAAAUCAUAUAGCAGGGCGCAGUGGACGUAUCCAUUGUUCUUUAAACAUCAAUACUGAGACUGGGCGUUUAUCAGCCAGAAGACCUAAUUUACAGGUUAAUAACUUUAUGCAAUUACUGAAUGAUGAUAAGAUAAGAUAUCAUUUUCAUUUAAAUCAUUAAUUCUCGUGUUUUUGAUCUUUAUUCAUCUCACUCCCUUUUUCUUCGAGUUCUGGUUCUGGAUUUCUCUUUGUCACAUCAAAUCUUAAACCAUAUGCGAGGAAUGGUGAGCCAGCCUGGGGAACAGUUGAAUCAGCUUGACUGGGAGCCAUAUGUGUGUGUAGUUGGGGAUGGAGAGAGCUGAUGUAUGCGGAGGCAUGCGUGCCAGUGUGGUUGGAGGAGUCUGCGUUCAGGAUAUACCUUCACAACGCCGUUCAUAUGCCAGUGGGCUGGACAGGGCCUGAAAUAUUUCUGGGUAAUGCGGGGCUCAACCACACAAAUGACUGGGCUUGGCCUCCUUUAGGAUUAACUGUCCCUAUUGACACCUGCUUUGGUUUUACAUUUGUUAUUUUCACAGUAGUGAAAAGAUUUAACAUUACGUCAAUUGAUUGACACAUUAGUUUUUCGUAAAAUUUUUAUUAGUUUUUUAGUAUUUUGGAAAUUUCUAAAUCAUCGUUGACAUAUCUUUUGAUGUAAACCAGAAUCAACCAGCUCUUGAGAAAGACCGAUACAAAAUUCGACAGGCUUUUAUUGCUGCACCAGGAAAUUCUCUUAUUGUUGCUGACUAUGGACAGGUGAGCUGUGUUCGAGUUCAGUCAAUUAACGUGUUCCCUCAGUUUAGAAAGGACAUUCAUGAGAGUGGCUUCUUCUUUGGCUAUUGCAAUAUUACAGCUGGAGCUUCGUAUCUUAGCACAUCUUGCAGACUGCAAAAGUAUGUUGCAUGCAUUUGAGGCUGGUGGUGAUUUCCAUUCAAGAACAGCAAUGAAUAUGUACGAUCACGUUCGUGAAGCUGUCAAUGAGAAGAAGGUACUUCUUGAAUGGCAUGCUCAACCUGGUGAGGAGAAGCCUCCUGUUCCAUUAUUAAAGGUAAGCUGUUUGAAAGAUUUGGUUCAUUAUAUGACAGUGUGGAAGCAUGCGGUGUCGGGACAUUCUUUGCUGACAAAGAAAUAAUUUCAAUCGUACUUCGCAAUAUUUAUCACUUUCCUGUUGUUGUCGUGCAUAAACAACGUACUUCAGAGAUAAAUGUUCCUACUUAUUUUUUUAGGAAGAUGCCUGGAUGAAUCUGGUAUGACUAUAAUUUCUGGAAGUUACUGGAGGAUAUAGUAUCUUAUAGUCAAUUAUUUUCUGAUUCAGGAUGCUUUUGCUGCGGAAAGAAGAAAGGCCAAAAUGCUGAACUUCUCCAUUGCAUAUGGGAAAACGCCAGUUGGUCUCUCGCGUGAUUGGAAGGUAGCUCCUUAAUCUAUUGUUUUAUUUAAGUAGACUCCAAUUAUUUCUUUUAAGCGGAAGACAUAUAAGGAAUAGUUGGAACAACUAGAUGAAACUCUGAUGUAUUGUGAGGAUGAUUUAUGUAGAAGUUUUUAGGGUCUUGAUAUUUGCUGCAUAAUAGCAGGUUGGCAUCCACUCCUCAAUGUAAUGAAGUCUCCCUUGCAGAUUAAGAUGGCGACUUUAAUGAUACAUAAUAUGCAUACUCUUAUAGAUAGAUCUAUAUAAUAUCUUUUGGGAGAUCCGUGUGGAUUUUACCAAGCAUGUUGAUAUGUGGUGGAUUCACAUCGGAUUGAUACUAUUGCCAUUUCAGAUAUGACUCUGGUUGGAUCCGGCUGAUUUCAACCAUAAGUGACGUCCAUAUGUUUCGUUAUAGCUCUCUAUAAUAGUUGUGUUACUAUGUUUCGUUAUAAGCAGCGCAGUGAAAUUUCCCUGAUGAUCUUAGAAUAGUUGUGGUACUUGUUAAUCUGCGUAAAUCCUGGAUUAUUUGUUUGGUGAAGCGGCUUUAAGCUGUUUUUCUGUACAUUGAAUUCACUUUUAGCGUAUGAAUUGCGUUUCUUCAGGUCUCUGUUAAAGAAGCGAAGGAAACGGUUGAACUGUGGUAUAAUGAUAGGCAGGAAGUUCUAACAUGGCAAGAAGCGCGGAAGAAGGAGGCGAAAGAACACAGAUGUGUACAUACAUUACUUGGAAGAGCUCGCCAUUUCCCUUCAAUGGAUAAAGUCAGUAAUGCUCAGAAGGGGCACAUUGAACGAGCCGCCAUCAAUACCCCUGUGCAGGUAUUCUGGUUUCAUGAUGGCAGGCUCAAUCGUGCAUUGAUAGAAUUGCUUGGUAGCCUGUUUUAUGCACGCUUGAUUUCUGUAUGAAGAUCACAAAAGAAACAGUGUUUGCCUUCGCAAUGACUCCACUUGAAAUUUGUAAAAAUUUCACAUGGAGAUUUUCUUAAGUUUUAGAAACGAAUGGAUACGAUUCUGAUUUUCAUUGCCAUUUCUUUUGAACAGCAUAGCAGAAAAAUGUAGACCGAUUAGUUGCCAAUUGACAUGGGCUACCACUGUUACUUAAUAAAGGAUUCAAGCGAUACUCCUCCUGUAUGUCUGUUUGGUUUGUUUUCUUUGGACUACAACUUGAGAGAUCCAUGUCCAACCUAAGCUUGAUUUUCUGAUCCUUUUGAUCUUUAAUUGAGAGAGUAAAAUCUUGUGCUUAUCAAGCGGAUUGCCAUCUAAAUAUUUACCGGAAAAGAUCCCUAAUGAUCAUUUCGCCUGUUAUAGAGCUAUAUAUUAAAGCGUGGAUUAUAAUUUCUCAUCAUCGAAUGUCUGGCCCAUGCAUCUGUGCUGUUCUGUGGAUCUUCUUUGGAUUCAUCCAUUUUGAUUGCUCCACUCUCCAUUUCCAUAUUUUCCAGGGCAGUGCAGCAGAUGUUGCGAUGUGUGCAAUGCUCGAAAUAGCCAAGAACAAACGGCUACAGGAGCUCGGAUGGAGGCUACUAUUGCAGGUUCGUCCAUCUCUUACCGUUCACUAUGCCUCGACUGAUGUUGAAUGAAGACGUUCUGUUUCUUCCAGCCAGAUGGAAAGGCCGGAACCAACCCUUCCACAUCUGCAUCUUUUUCUCAAGGAUAUGAUAAUAUUAACUGGGAGACGAAAAAAUAUUAGACAUAUCUCUGCAUUUCGGUAUGCUUUUUUCAUCUGAAACUUAUAUAAAAAAGAAUAAUUACCCCAUGGGAAGCUGAGUUUCCCUCUGAACGUAAUGAUAAAUGGGCUCUUAUUUUCUCCCACUCAUUACAUUGUCUCCACAUGGAAUCAUUACAUUGAACGUAAUGAUCAAUGUGGAGACUAUUUCCUUUAAUGAGUCCAAUACAGUGAAAUAUUCAUAUCAAACAUUUCUCUGUGCUGCUGUGAUAUGAUCAGGUUCACGAUGAGGUGAUACUGGAAGGCCCAACUGAGUCGGCUGAGGAGGCCAAGGCCAUUGUCGUCGACUGCAUGUCCAAGCCCUUCAAUGGGAAGAAUACACUGAGAGUUGGCCUCUCGGUUGAUGCCAAGUGUGCAUCGAACUGGUAUGCCGCGAAGUGA